GGAGCAUAAAGCAGGCGGAGGGUCUCAAGGCAGGCAAAGAAGAACCAUGAGGUUCAUCCUUCCUGUGGGUCUGCUUGCUACAACCCUUGCGAUUGCUCCUGUCCGCUUUGACGGGGAGAAGGUAUUCCGCGUGAAGCCCCAGGAUGAAACAGAAGCAAACAUCAUAAAGGAUUUAGCCCGAACCAAUGAGCUCGACUUCUGGUACCCGGAUGACACUCACCACGUAUCUGCUAACAUGACGGUGGAUUUCCGAGUGAGUGAGAAGGAAUCCCAAACCAUCCAGUCUGCCUUGGAUCAAAAUAAAAUGCAUUAUGAAAUUCUGAUUCAUGAUCUCCAGGAAGAGGUUGAGAAACAGUUUGAUGGUAAAGAAGAUAGUUCAGACAGACACAGCUAUGAAAAAUACCAUAACUGGGAACAGAUUGUGGCUUGGACUGAAAAAAUGGUGAAUAAGCGCCCGGAAAUGGUCUCUCGUAUUAAAAUUGGAUCUACUGCUGAAGAUAAUCCACUGUAUGUUCUCAAGAUUGGGAAAGAAGAUGAAAGCAGAAACUCUAUUUUUAUGGAUUGCGGCAUUCAUGCCCGAGAAUGGGUCUCCCCAGCAUUCUGCCAGUGGUUUGUCUAUCAGGCAACCAAAUCUUAUGGAAAAAACAAAAUUAUGACCAAACUCUUGGAUAAAAUGAAUUUUUAUGUUCUUCCUGUGUUCAACGUUGAUGGAUAUAUUUGGUCAUGGACAAAGAACCGCAUGUGGAGAAAAAAUCGUUCCAAGAACCAAAACUCCAAAUGCAUUGGCACCGACCUCAACAGGAAUUUUAAUGCUUCCUGGGACUCCUCUCCUCAGACCAGUAACCCAUGUGAGGAAACCUACAGGGGCCAUGCACCAGAGUCUGAGAAGGAGACAAAAGCUGUCACUGACUUCAUUCGAGGCCACCUGAAAUCAAUCAAGGCUUACAUCACCUUCCACUCCUACUCCCAGAUGCUGUUGUUUCCCUACGGAUAUACAUCAAAACUGCCCUUCAACCACGAGGACUUGGCCAAAAUCGCAAAGCUUAGCACCGAUGCUCUGUCAACUCGGUAUGAAACCCGCUACAUCUACGGCCCAAUACAAUCAACAAUAUACCGGACAUCAGGCUCGUCUUUAGACUGGGCUUUCGACCUGGGCAUCAAACACACAUUUGCCUUUGAGCUCCGAGAUAAAGGCAAAUUCGGUUUUCUCCUUCCGGAAUCUCAGAUAAAACCAACCUGUAAAGAGACUAUGCUCGCUGUCAAAGUUAUUGCUAAGUAUAUCCUCAAGAAUACUUCCUAGAGAAUUGCCCUCCAUUUGGAAUAAGCCAAUUAAUCCCUUUUUCGUGGUGUGCCUUUACUAGAAAGUCAAUCAUUAAUUACCCCCAGAUGCAGCUGCCUCAUCUCCCAAACAGAGCCUCCUCAGGCUCGCUGAAGUCCCAUGUUAUUGCUCUUUGCUUUUAUUUACUGAGAAGCACCUUAACGACGUAGCUUUAAGCAAAACUUUUUAACUACUAUGCUUUACUCCAAGUGAAGUUUUAACCCAGCAGAGAGCAUCACUUGGAGCUCUCUGCAAGGUGAUCUACAGUGGGGCACAGGAAAGAUGAAAACCUUCAGUUUCGCUCGCCUCUGGUUUUCAGCAUGUGGCUUCAUCAUUUCAUGUGCUGACAUUAUAAAAGAAUAAAGUGCAUCCCAAUGCUGUAAAA